AUGGAAACUUGCCAAAAACAAAGAGUAACACUUGAGAGACCAUUUUUUAGCACAGGUAUUGAUUAUGCCGGUCCUGUAAUUUUGAAAUGUUACAAAGGUCGUUGCUUUAAGACCACUAAAGGUUAUAUAGCUUUGUUUGUAUGUCUAGCUACCAAAGCUUACCAUAUUGAGGUAGUUAGCGACUUAACUGCAGAUUCUUUCAUUGCUGCUCUUAGGCGAUUUGUAUCGAGGCGUGGUACACCUCGAUACUUAUUUUCGGAUAAUGGUACGAAUUUUGUUGGCGCAAAAAGAAAAUUGUCCGAAUUGCAAACUCUGCUACUUUCACUUAACAGCAAUGAAUUGAUUUUAAAUUAUUUGGCUGAAAAUACUAUGGAAUGGAAAAUGAUUCCACCUGCUUCUCCCCACUUUGGUGGUUUGUGGGAAUCAGGGAUCAAGUCCAUAAAAUUUCAUUUAAAAAGAAUGAUAGGAGAGACAAAGUUAACAUUUGAAGAAUUAACUACUUUACUAACUCAAAUUGAAGCUGUGUUAAAUUCACGCCCCUUAUCUAAAGCUAAUCACAAUGAUGUAGGUAAUUUAGAUGCUUUGACUCCAUCACAUUUUUUAACUGGGGAUGUUAUUACUAGCAUCCCAGAGCAGGAUUUUUCUAAUAUUCCCCAAACCCACUUUAUUAAAACGAUGGGAAUUAUUACAGCAAAUGAAAACAAGGCUUUUGGAAGAGAAGAGAUAUUAUAA